AUGGCUGAACCGGAGGAUCUCGAGGAGGAUCUCUUCGCGGAUCUUUAUGAUGCCGACGAAUCAACCACCCGCACUACUUCCGCAGUAGAGACAUCUAAGCCCGUCGAACCCGUCGCGGCCGCAGUUCCUCCUCCUGCCGAGGAACCUGCUGCUGCUACUUUUUCUGCUGUUCCGACUUACGAAUCUUCAGCCCCCGAUUCAUAUUCCGCAUACCAGGCGCCCCAGCAAGAUUACAAUACAGGUUAUCAGAAUGGUUCCCAAGCCCCCGCUGCACCCGCGCAAGCUCCUCCCGCAGACCAUGAACCUCAUGGAUCCGGUACAGGAAUUAAGGAAGAUGGGAAAAUGUUCAUUGGAGGAUUGAACUGGGAAACUACAGAUCAUACUCUUCGUGAAUAUUUCUCUCAAUUCGGCGAGGUCCAAGAAUGCACAGUUAUGCGAGAUAGCGCCACGCAGCGCUCGCGUGGCUUUGGAUUCCUGACCUUCCGGGAUCCUAAAACUGUUAACACGGUCAUGGUUAAGGAACAUUACUUGGACGGCAAAAUUAUCGACCCCAAGCGUGCCAUCCCCCGUGAUGAACAAGAGAAGACUAGCAAGAUUUUUGUCGGCGGCGUAAGCCAAGAAGCCACCGAGCAAGACUUCAAGCAAUUCUUCAUGCAAUUCGGCCGAGUCGUCGACGCAACUCUCAUGAUCGAUAAGGACACCGGCCGACCCCGCGGAUUCGGCUUCGUGACCUUCGACAGCGAAGCCGCCGUCGAAAAUGCCCUCUCCCGACCCCUAGAAAUCCUAGGCAAGCCCAUCGAAGUCAAGAAGGCCCAACCUCGCGGCAACCUGCGCGAUGAGGACCGUGGUGGUCGUCGUGGCCGCGAUGGCGGUUAUCAGAACAACAUGAACCAGGGCGGCGGAGACAGCGGCGCCCAGCAACAGAGUGGAGGACAGCAGGGUAUGGCCAAUGGUAUGACCCCGCAAAUGAUGGCGCAGUACUGGCAACGCAUGCAGCAAUACUUCGCCAUGAUGCAGCAGCAGAUGAACAUGGGCGGCGGCGGCGGUGGUGGCGGCGGCAUGCCCGGUGGAAUGGGCGCGAUGGGCGGAAUGAACCCAGCCAUGAUGCAGCAGAUGCAACAGAUGCAACAGAUGCAAAGGCAGCAAAUGGGUGGUAAUCCCCAACAGCAGCAGCAGCAACCGGGAAGUAUGAGCCCUAACCCGCAAAGCCCCGGAUCCCAGUCUCAGGCCUUGCCGAAUAUGAUGAAUCCCGCUAUGAUGCAGGGUGGCCAACAGGGUAAUGGAGGAAACGACGGCGCUAGUCCAAACCCUUACAACAACCACGGCCAGCAACAGCAACAGCAACAGUCAGCGCAACAGCAGGCCGCCGCCGCCGCGGCUGGAGGACCUGGCUACAAUGCGCAUGAACAGAUCGCCUUCGAACAGCAGAAGUAUGAGCAGCAGCAAGCUCGCCGUGUCAUGGACAACCGCUCUUUCUCGCCUUACCAGCAGGGCGGUGGGCCGACCUCUUGGGAGGGUAUGUACGAUGAAGUUCCUCAGCCCAACAUCCCCACUGGGCCUCAGGGCAUGGCCCGCGGCGGCAGUAUGGGUCGUGGCACACCACCCCAAUCCCAGCAGAGUGCUGCUCCAGCAAAUGCUCCCACCGGCCCCCGUAAUGCCGGAAAGCCUGGUGCGAAUUAUCGUGGAGGUGGUCGAGGUGGUCACCGUGGUUUCCAUCCUUAUUCUCGGUAG